AUGGCGAGAAAGAAGGUCAAACUUGCAUACAUAACUUGUAACUCGAAGAGGAGGGAAACAUUCAGAAAGAGGAAAUCAGGUAUAAUGAAAAAGGUUAAUGAAAUCAGCACCCUUUGUGGGAUAGAAGCAUGCGCAAUAAUUUAUGACAAAAACAAUCCUCAACCAGAAGUUUGGCCAUCUGAUGCAGGAGUCAGAAAUGUGUUGUUUAAAUUCAGGAGUUUGCCUGAAGUUGAACGAAGCAAAAAGAUGGUGGAUCAAGAAGCUUUCUUGAGGCAAAGCAUAGCGAAAAUCUACGAGCAGUUGAAGAAACAAAGGGAGGAAACAAGGAAGAAGGAAAUGACCAAUAUCAUUCAUCAUUAUAUUCAAAGUGGUGAAUUUAAUGCAAUGAAUUUAAUGAGCAAACAUGAUCUCAAUGAUUUGUCUUCUUUUAUUGAUGAAAAUCUGAAGGAAAUCGAUCAAACGAUGAAAGGACUGCCGAAUGAGGUCCAAGGGCUGGUGAGUGGAGGAAAUGAACAAGGGUUGGUCAGAAAUGGAGCUGAAGUUAUGAAUGGAAGAGAGGUGCAUGAAAAUAUUGGUCAUGUGCAAGGGCUGGUGAAUGGAGGAAAUGAACAACUAGCAAAUAUGGGACAGUUUGUCCAAGGAAUUGAGACCAACAUUGCUGAUGACAUGCCACUUAAUUUCCCACAAUGGCCUAUGGAUUUUUCCAUGUUUCAAUUUCCAUUUAUUAACGAUGGCACAAAUGGAUUUUAA